AUGAAUUUACAGAAGGUAGUUUCCUGGUCGCAAUGUGGAGACUAUCUCAGUACUUUCUUUCCCCUCCACAUAUUCUCACAACUUGUUUGGGGACAAGUUGUGAAUUUUUAAGUUUCUGGUCUUGGGUAUUUUUACUGGUUUAUGACCUCCUCGGUUACUCUGAGCGUCUACAGCUGUCUGUACUCCCAGUAGGGCUUCUUAGGAAACGAGAAACUGAGGUCUGGCAGAAAGCAAGAAAAAACAACAAACAAACAAACAAAAACCCCAUAUAAAAUCGUAAGCCUUGCGCUGGCUUUGCUGCCUCAAAAGCCUGAGUCUGGGGGAAGUUUGAAGUGGAUACUGUUCCCCAAAGUGCCCUCCUGGUCGCCUACUUUGAACUCUGGGCGGCUCCGGAGUCUUAAGAGGGUGAGGGAGGGACUUCAACCCUCCGCGAGGAGCCUGGGAACAGCACCCAACGCAUCACAGCACUGGGUUCCCGGGUUCCUGUUUCCUUAAGCUUAAAAGGCGUGGUCGGUCACGUUCACGGUUCCGCCUCUCACCGCCUCCGCCCCGCGGUUCUGCGCGGAGUUCUGCACUUACAGCGGGCAAUACAGGGGGUCAGUGGGGCACAGGGACGGGGCUAGACGGUCGACUUGGCGUGGAGGAGUCCAACCGGGUUCAGUCCCACUUACCAGCUGUCUUCUGGAAGAGGUUAUGACUGGGGCAGUGUCAGGGCGUCGUCUUAGGAAACGCCCUUAAAGGUGAGACUAGUUUCUCGGAACGGAUUCCUCGUCCCACCGUGCGCCUGCAGCCAGAGCCAGGGGCGAGAUCCCACCCCGCCGAGACUGAAGACGGCUCCUCUCCGGCCCUGGCAAGUGUACUCGCCUCUGCUCCCCUAGGCGGCGCUGCGCUCCUCCGCACCCGGCCGGAUCCUCUUUCCCAGACGGCUGCAAAGCCUCCAGUUUAGCAAACAGAGCUCCCAGCCGGCCAGCGCCGGGUAAUUCCCGUAUUCCAGAGGCCGAACGUGGGCCGGCGGUCGCUGCACUUCUAGUUCGCGUCGGCCCACAGAACUUGCUCCUCACGGUGACUUAUGGUCUCCGGGAGUCCGGAGCAUGGUCCCAGGUCACCGCUGGUGGAGCGUGGACGCCAAAGGGGAGAAUGAUGGGUUGGAUGGUGGUGGUUCUAUGUUUGUGGGUCUCCUGCGGCGCUGCCGCCAAACAGUUGGAGUACUCGGUAUUGGAGGAGACCCAGCGGGGCGUGGCGAUAGGCAAUGUCGCUGCGGACUUGAAGCUGCCGGCGUCCGCUCUGUCCUUAAGGAACUUUCGCAUCCUCUCCCACCACCACGAGCCCUACUUUGGAGUGGACCUGGGCAGCGGUAACGUGGUGGUCCGAGAGCCGGCGGACCGCGAGCGGCUCUGCGGGACCAAAGCUUCCUGCGUCUUGACCUGUGAACUAAUGUUUGAGGACCCUCUGGAGCUGCACAAGAUGCGUGUUCACGUCCUGGAUACCAAUGACAACUCACCUCAUUUUCCUGCCGGCGAUGUGCAGUUGCACAUCCCGGAGUUCCUGACACCUGGAGCCCGCUUUACUCUCCCUAAUGCCCAAGAUGCCGAUGAGGGAAGCAACGGGAUGCUCAGUUACAGCCUAAGCCCCAAUCAGCACUUUCGCCUGGAAAUGGGGUCGCGAGUCGACGGCAGCGAAUACCCAGAGUUGGUGUUGGAGAAAGCUCUGGAUCGUGAGCAGCUUGCCACCCAUCUGCUGGUCCUCACAGCUCAGGAUGGUGGGUUACCUGUGCGCUCCGCAGACGCACAAGUCACCAUCAUCGUGGUGGACACUAACGACAACGCACCUGUAUUUGAACGCUCUGUAUACCGUACCAAGGUUCCAGAGACUGCACCAAAUGGGACGGUGUUGUUCCAAGUUCGGGCCUCGGAUCCAGAUGAAGGCUCUAAUGGUGAAGUCUGGUAUUCCUUAAGCAAUAGCACUCGAGCAGAGCUGCGACAUAUCUUUCACGUACAUCCUAAAAGUGGGGAGGUUCAGGUAGCUGCUUCACUAGGUGCACCAGAAACGCUGUUGGAGGCAUACAUUGAGGCAAGGGACGAAGGUGCCUUCGGUUUAGUGAGCACUGCCAAACUGCUGGUGGAGGUGACUGAUGUGAAUGAUCAUGUCCCGGAGGUGGACUUCAUGACUAUCUCCAAUUCAGUACCUGAGGAUGCUGCCCCUGGCACAGUGGUUGCUCUACUUAGUGUAAAGGACGAGGACCUUGGUCCCAAUGGUAGAGUCAUUUGUAGCAUGUCCAGCAGAGGCCCUUUUCAGCUGAAGGCUUCCUUUGACAAUUACUACAGCCUCCUGACUGAUGGGCCUCUCGACCACGAACAGAUAAGUGAAUACCAGGUCCUGAUCACUGCCUCAGAUGGUGGCUCACCCCCACUCAGCACCCAAAGGACCCUCACUGUGUCAAUUGCUGAUGUAAAUGACAAUACACCAAGAUUUCCUCAACCACAACAAGAAAUUUUUGUGGCUGAAAACAAUGGCCUUGGGGCCUCUUUAGGCCGUGUGUUUGCCCAGGACCCAGACCAGGGGAAGAAUGGCCUUGUCUUUUAUGAACUGUUGGAUACUCUUAAUUCUGAAGGGAUGCCAGCCUCUAGCUUGGUGGCAGUGGAACCAUCCAGUGGGGAUAUCACUGCCAAAACUUCCUUUGACUUUGAGAAACUCAGGGGAUUUCACUUCCAAGUGGAAGGCCGUGAUAGUGGCAUUCCACCCAGAAGUUCAACAGUGACCAUAAACUUGUUUGUGGUAGAUAGGAAUGAUAAUGCUCCAGUCAUCUUGUUUCCCUUGCCCAGAAAUGGCUCUAUCCCAGUGGAAGCUGUGCCCCGCUCUGCCAGAAUAGGACACUUGAUCACAAAAGUGGUAGCAGAGGAUGCAGACAGUGGUUCCAAUGCCUGGCUGUCCUACCAUAUCUCUCAGGCUUCUGACUCUAGCCUUUUCAGAAUUUCAGCCAAUAUGGGAGAGCUCCGAACUGCACGCUUAGUUCUUUCCACUGAUGCAGUUAAGCAGAGGGUGGUGGUAGUGGUUCAGGACCAUGGAGACCCCCCACUUUCCUCGUCUGUCAUUCUGGGUGUACUAUUGAGCAAUUCUGUGCCUCAAGUCCUUCCAGAAUUUGAAGAUGUCUGGGAACCAGGAGGGCAACUUUCUACCCGGAACUUGUACUUAGUAAUUGCCCUGGCCUGCGUUUCCUUUCUGUUUCUGGGGUGCUUACUUUUCUUCAUGUGUAUUAAGUUGAGCCAGAGCCCAGGUUAUUGCUCUCAGAGCUGCUGUCACUCUUCAGAGGAUCUGAGGUAUAGAAGGAAGAUGGCUUCUAAUCAUUAUAUGACAUCAGCCACAGUAGAUGUCACUACAGUAGAGAGACUAACUCAGACAUAUCUCUAUCGGGCCUCUCUGGGACUUGGUUCUAAUCAUAACAGUUUGCUGUUGCAUGGGGAACAUAAUGCUGCUGACCUGAGAAAUCUAGCCACUGGGGUAAGACUGAAUUUGCCAAUCUCCUGUAUUCAGAUUCGGAAUAGGAAAGGGGAUCAUACAAAUGUCAAUGUCAUGCCACGACAGCCCAAUCCUGACUGGCGUUACUCUGCCUCCCUGAGAGCAGGCAUGCACAGGUAUGUAUUUCCCUCCUUCCUUCACUCAGGAAUAUGUUAACUGGGUAUGAUUCAGAUAAACUGCAUAAGCCAGAAGCAACUGAAGAGACUGAGAAGCUCGGUGGGGGGUAUAGCUCAGUGGUAGAGCACUUGGCUAGUAUGAGUUCUGUCUGCAGCACUAUAAAAAUAAGACAAACAACAAUGACAACAAAAACUAUGAACCAUUAUAGAUGCUCUGUCAAGAAUGCAAUCAUUUUUUUAUCCUGGUCUAUUAGUUGAAACAUUGGAAGCAAUAGAUGUUAAAUGGUUCUCAAAUUCUGGGAAAUGAGAAUCUUCUAUAAAAUCACACAGACAGAUUUCUAUGUACUUUCACCAAAAUUUUCUACAAGGAUGUGUCAAUUAAAAUUUUUUAAAAUUUCUAUAAGGAAGUAAUUUUAACUUUCUUCAUCCCUCUUACACUUUCUGUUCCUCACUUUAAAAAAAUAGCUAAUAUUGAUGCUUUCAGACUUCAGUAUAUUAUGCAAGGUAUAUGCACAUCUAUCUUAUUUUUCUAUCUCACAUUGACUAUUAUAUCCUGUUAACCACAACAAUUAAUUGCUAGCUGGGUGUGGUGGUGCAUGUCUGGAAUCCCAAUGGCUCAGAAGCCUGAGGAUCAUGAGUUCAAAGCCGGACUCAGCAACUUAGUGAGACCCUAAGUAAUUUAGCAAGAAAAAUGGGCAGGGGAUGUGGCUCAGUGGUUAAGUGCCCCUGGGUUUAAUCCUCAAAACAAAACAAAACAAAUAAUUGCUAUUCUUGUUAAUGUUCACGUCUGUUAGUAUCUUCUCCAUCUUAUUGUCAUCAAUAGCAUAAACUUUUCAGAGGAUAAACCACGUGCAGGGCCUUUAUUGAAUAUCUGGAGACCAAAUCUAGCU